GGGUAACGGUUGAUUCGUCCUUCGAGCGCGGAGCUCCCACCGCGCUGUCAGCAUAGAACGAAUCCGCAAUCGCUUCUCCGCUGGCCUGCGGGGCCGUCGCCCGGACGUGGCAUGGUUCUUGCGACGAUGACUCAGCUCGGCAACGGGAGGCGGGCGACCUCGGCGUUGUUCAGUCAGCGGCGACCAGACGAGGUCGCGGCCAAGGUAGCGCAGACGGCGAGCGACCGCGCGAGGACAGACACCCACCCACAGACGUGACGACGCAUUGCCCUUCCCACCGGCGCGCUUCUGGGCGUCCUCGUCGUUGUCUCUCGGACGAUCGCGGUCCGCCCAGGGCAACGCCACCGCGACUCGUCUUCCAACAGGAGCCAUCUUUUGCAUCCCGGGGUCGAGACUGGCAGCCAUGGAUGACUCUGAAGAUGACGACAGGGGGCUGGGUGAGUCGCCCGAGCGGCCCCUCAAGGGGCAAGCCUGCCGCCACACGGCGAGCAAGAGCAGCAACGACGACGAGCGGGAAGAUGGCGCAAACGACGGCCAGGAACGGCCGAGCGGCAGUGAGGGGUCUCCGUCCAAGAAGAAGUCGCGGGACAACAUUCCCGAGCCGCUGAGCAGCCUGCAUGGCUUCGUCCCAGAGUCUCCGCCGAGGUUUGUGUCCUUGGAACAGAUCAUGACGACGGCCAACGGAGUGACCAACAUGAUGCUUGCCCACGAGAUUGUCAUGGACGACACGUUCAAGCUGAAGAAGCAGGAGUACCCAGAGAAGAGCUUGGAGCAUGAGGUGAAGAAAAUCCUGCACCAGGCGUUCUGGCAGGUCUUGGAAGACCAGCUGGCUGAGAGUCCUCCCAACUAUGACCAGGCCAUGCAGCUCCUCCAGGAAGCCAAGGAGACGCUGCUGGGGCUCCUGCUCCCCCACAACACGAGCCUGCGUGCAGAGAUCAUGGAGGGACUGGACGUGGCCUUGGUGCGGCAGCAGGCGGAGCACGGGACCCUCGACUUUGGCUACUAUGCCCGGCUGCUCAUCUCGCUCAUGGCCCGCAUGUGCGCCCCGGUCAGGGACGCCAGCGUGCGGGACCUGCUCAAGAUUGAAGGGGUGGUGCCGCUCUUCAGGGGAAUCAUGGACCAGCUGGAGGUGAUGAAGCUGGACAUGGUGAACUUCACCAUCCAGGAGGCCCGACCCCUGAUCCAGUCGCACUCGGUGGGCUACGCCCGGGAGAAGUUCCGGACGUACCUGGAGACCCAGGCGCUGCUCAGCCCCGGCUUGGACCCCCUGGUGCACACCCGGGCCUGGCUGCGCAGGAGCCAUGAGGAGCUGCGAGCCCUGAGCGCCCAGUACAGCCCGGACCCUGUGUUGAACGGGCCUGGGGCAUCUGGGCCCCCGUUUGCGGUGGUGCUGGCCAAGGCCUACAUCCAGCUGCUGUGCUGGGACCCGAGCUGGGAGUACCCUGAGACGCUGUCGAUGGACCGUGAGCGCUUCACCCUGCUGGGGGCCCAGGUGGAAGAGUGCGCCCUGGUGGCCAGCGUGCUGCUGGUGACGCACAGUGUGGGUGGGGCAUCCCUGCAGGACAUUUCGGACUUCAAGGAGGACCUCAGAAGCCACACCCGGCUGCUGCUCCAGGGCUGCGGGAAGUGCAGCGAGGAAGAGCUGACGGAGAAGCUGAAGUGUGCUGCCAGCCAGGCCAUCAAGGAGGUGCAGGAGAGCCUGCAGAAGCAUGGCUUUGCCCCGCUGCAGUUGAGCCAGGAGCGCAUGCUGUACGACCAGGUGGUCAGCAUGGCCUCUGCCGAACACCACAUACGCAAGCUGCUCACCAUGCGCAUCCUGGACUUCAUCAAGCUGACCCUAUCGUCCGCCAGCGUGGGACCCACUAAGAUCCCCGCGGGUCUGUCCACCCUGGAAAAGGAGCUGACGCAGAUCGCGGGAACCUUCCUCCGGCUGGUGACCCACAACAGGGCAGUCUUUGGAGAGGUCUACACAGACAUUAUGACCCAGCUGAGGGCCACCUAGGCCCCGAGCGAUGGGACCAACAUCUCGGGCGCCACUAUGGUGUCUAGAUCGCGUCCCCAUCUGGUGUGUUUACCGCGCCCUCAAAAGUGGUCCCCCGAUGUCCCUGACGACGUUGUAUACAGGCGUCACACUUUUGCCCUCCACGAUCCUGGCAGAGGUGGCCGCAGCAGCCAGUCGAUGGAAGCCGAAGCAGAUGCAAGGUGGGACGCUGCAACGACGGCGACCCCAUUGCCUUUUUUGCCGGCAUUUCGACGACCAGCUGCCAGGAUUGCGACAUCUGACAGCAUACACGCAAGGCUCCUGUGAUGCUAUUUUGCAUCGCGGGAUGCAUGGGCGGGAUCAGGCGGUAAACACACCAGCCAAAGGUGCGUUCCAGAGACCGUGGCGCCACCACUCCACUCUUACGGCCCCGCCUUUGGCGUGAUCCCGAUUCUGCUCCGCACGAAAGCUUCCUAGUUCCACCGUACGGUCGGCAACCCCAUCCUUGCUGUUCCCUGCACAUGUUGCAUUGUGCGGUGACCUAGUGAGAAAGGCUUACCACCACUCGGGUUUCUUGUAGGCAACGUCUUCGGCAGUUGCCGAGUUGGUCGGUACUCGCAGCUCGUCGCAUCUACCAAGGAUUGUGCAGUUAUCGAACGCCGAGAAACAGCUCUGACUCAGUGCCCCAGUAGCGGAGAUGCUCGAGUGUUGUAGCCUUGCCUGUAGCAAAACUGACCUUGAAAUAUCUUCUGGAUGUAUGAAACCGCCUUUCAUCAACAUCCAAGCGUUUCCUAGAGUGCAUUUAAUCGUGUUGCACCGCAAUCCUAACAGGUCGCUGCAUCCGGGAGAGCUGAGCGGCCCCAGGGUCUUUCAAAAUGAGUUCUUGGAUGCUUCUGCCUCUUGUAAUCCCUGGCUGGAGUAGUAAUUGUUUUCUCCGAGAGACAUCUUUAAUGCCUGGUGGGAGUGGCAUAGCAAACGCCUAGACGCCUCGCCUCUGCUUUUGUGAGGGAGGAAUUUGUGGUGGGUCUCUCGUUCUGUGAUACGAGAGUGACGCAUGUAAUGAAUUGUGGACGAUGAUCUGUAUGGUGAACGAUUGGAGACUUUGGUGCAUGCCGUUGUCUCCGAGGGUGUAGGAAGUGUCCUUGUGAUUUGUUGUGGCAGGAUAAAAGGGUGAUCGGCCAAACGACGCCUGGCGUCGAGUGAUGUUUACUGUGCCGUCGGGUCAGCGAAGGCACGCAAAUAGAAGCCUGUAUUGUCGAAAAAGUGUCGUUGUAGUUCAGACUAUUCAAAAUUUGCGGUAUUGCCAUAUCAAGAUUUUGUGUUAAGUCGCUAUCUAGGAUUUUGUAUUUCCUAACCAGAUGGAUAUCCGUUGAAAUGUUUACGCUUAUAUAAAUUGUUUCUCAUUACAAGUAUACAUUGUGAUUUUUCUAAUGAAAUUAUUGUACAAAUGCCUCGCAUCACACUAACAAUUAAUAUAUAUGAAACUAUGCGUGCAAUGGAUUUCGUUACAUAAACUUUAUUUGUCUAGUCUCAUCUUGCAGUGGGAAUGUUGUGAUGCAGUAACUAGAUCUCGACUUUGCUUGCCAAGAAAUCUAGUAAAGUAAUUUUUCCCGAGCAUCUCUUGCCGAGACCGAUUUCAUGUUACUUGACGCAAUAAUGCAGAGCUAAGUAACUACCAUGAAACAUGGCUUCAAAGUUCCCACUUGGAACCAUGUACACCUAGCUAAGAAAUGCGAGUGAUGUCUACUUUGUAAGAAGAUUAAGUUUGCCAUUUUUAUUUUCAUUAUAAAUCCACGUAAUAAAGAUUGCUUACACGUGAA